AUGGAAAUAUUAUUGAUUUACGUGUACUUAGGUUUAUCAGACGCCAAUGUCGCAUGGGUUCGCGUAUGGGAAGAUAAUUUCAAUUGGAAUGGUGGAGUCGAUCUUGAUAAAUGGAACUUUGAUGUCGGUGGAAGUGGCUGGGGCAAUAAUGAGCAACAAUAUUACACAUAUAAUCGAUUGAAAAAUGCACGUUGUGAACUCUGUCCAGGCAGUACUCGUGGUCGCCUCAUUGUUGAGGCACAUCGGGAAAACAUGGCAAAUAGUCAAUAUACUUCGGCUCGUCUCAGAAGCAAGGCUAAUUGGACAUAUGGUCGUUUGCAAAUUCGUGCCAAAUUACCUGAUGGUCGUGGUCUAUGGCCAGCUUUUUGGAUGUUGCCGGAAAAGCAAACGUACAGUACUACAUAUUGGCCAGAUAAUGGUGAAAUCGAUUUGAUGGAGCAAGUUGGUUAUGAUCCAUUGCGUAUUCACUCCACUGUAUACACACAGGCAUAUAAUCAUAUGAACGGCAACCAACCAACUAAUUCGAUAAUUGUCGAUGAUGCUACAUCAAGUUUUAAAAUUUAUACACUCGAUUGGAAUGUAGAUAAAAUUGAAACGUUCGUUGGUGAUGAAACAAGUCCAUUCGCUAAUCGUAUCUUAGUUUGGAAUAAACAAGAUGAUUGGGCACAAUGGCCAUUCGAUAAACCAUUCUUUGUUCUUAUCAAUAUUGCUGUUGGUGGUGAUUGGUGA